GGCAAUAGUGAGCACUUAAUAAAGAAGCCGACGAAGAAGAGCCGCCGUCUGAGACGCCAAGAAAACGUAGAAGAAGAAGAAGAGAGUCGCUGGCUCUUUUAUGACCACCCGGAAAGCGGAAAUGUCGUUAAUAAGCUUUUUACCCGUUCCUACUCAGCUGUCUCAGGACCAGCUCGAGGCAGAAGAGGCAGCCAAGGCCCAGCGUUCCCAAUCCACAGCCCUGGUUGUAAUGCGGCGAGAACCUCCUCCGUACGGAUCCCGGAAAGGAUGGGUGCCCCGCACCACCGAGGACUUCGGCGACGGCGGUGCUUUCCCGGAGGUCCACGUGGCUCAGUACCCGCUCGAAAUGGGCCGGAAGAAGAAAACCUCCAACGCCCUCGCUUUACAGGUGGACGCCGAGGGGAAGGUCAAGUACGACGCCAUCGCCAGGCAAGGACAGGGAAAGGACAAGGUGAUAUUUAGUAAGUAUACAGAUUUGCUCCCGAAGGAGGUGCUGCAGGAUGACGCUCCCGAACUGCAGAGACCCGAUGGAGAGGCAGUAGAGGAGCUCGCGGAGAAAACCAGAGCAGCUCUGGAGAAGCAGGUGUCCCAGAAGAUUGCCGCCGCCAUGCCAGUACGAGCAGCAGAUAAACAAGCCCCGGCGCAGUACAUCAGGUACACACCUUCACAACAGGGCGUGGCCUUUAACUCUGGUGCCAAGCAGAGGGUCAUUCGUAUGGUGGAGAUGCAGAAAGAUCCCAUGGAGCCGCCACGCUUCAAGAUUAAUAAGAAGAUUCCCCGUGGUCCACCUUCUCCCCCCGCUCCGGUCAUGCACUCCCCCAGCAGAAAGAUGACGGUGAAAGAACAGCAAGAGUGGAAGAUUCCUCCCUGCAUCUCCAACUGGAAGAACGCGAAGGGAUACACAAUACCACUGGACAAACGUCUAGCCGCCGACGGCAGAGGUCUCCAGACGGUACACAUCAACGAGAAUUUUGCCAAGCUAGCCGAGGCGCUUUACAUCGCAGACAGGAAGGCACGUGAAGCGGUGGAGAUGCGUGCUCAGGUGGAAAAGAAGAUGGCGCAGAAAGAAAAGGAGAAGAAGGAGGAGAAGCUCAGGGAACUGGCGAAGAUGGCCCGAGACCGGAGAGCAGGCAUCAAGAGCCACGGAGAAAAAGGUGGUGAAGAGACCGAGUUGAGGGAGCGAGAUGACAUCCGACAUGACAGGAGGAAGGACAGGCAACACGACAGGAACAUCUCCAGAGCCGCCCCUGAUAAAAGGUCUAAACUGCAGAGGGACCAGGACAGAGACAUCAGCGAGAUGAUCGCCCUGGGUCAGCCCAACCCACGCAUCUCCAGCGAGGCUCAGUAUGACCAGCGCCUCUUUAACCAGAGCAGGGGAAUGGACAGCGGCUUCGCAGGAGGAGAAGACGAGGUCUAUAAUGUAUACGACCAACCUUUCGGGAGAGGCCGGGACAUGGCGCAGAACAUCUACAGACCGAGCAAGAACACCAGCAAGGAUAUGUAUGGAGACGAUCUGGACACCCUCAUGCAGAACAACAGGUUUGUCCCUGACAGGGAGUUCUCAGGGGCGGAUCACGGCCCACGCAGGGACGGCCCGGUCCAGUUCGAAGAAGAUCCUUUCGGUCUGGAUAAGUUCUUGGAAGAGGCCAAGCAACACGGCGGCUCCAAAAGGCCAUCGACCGCCGGCCGCUCAAAAGACUAUGAUCACGAUAAAAAGCGCAGGAAGGAGUGAGGAGCGGCGCAAUUUUUUCACUCUAUAGACGUGAAAGAACGAGCGUAUACGCAAGAUUUAUUUUAAUAGUCAACUCUCUCUUUAAAGAAAAGCGUCAGGAUUCUGGUCCCUUGUUCUUUUCAUUUUCAUUUUUGUAACAUUUGAAAAGUCAUCAGAUUUACCCAUCGAGCAACUUGUGUUCUGUAUUUUUAACCCCCCCACCCCCACUCGGAUAAAACGACAAAUUCCUACUCCUGUCCUCUUAAUCUUCAUUCGCAUACGUCUCAGCAUUCUCGUCGUUUUGUCCGAGUUUUGUUGUACUCUGUAUGUGGGCUUCUCUUGAUGAAUAAAUCGGCCGUAUUUAGGAA